AUUUUAUUAAAAUGCUAUAAAGAAUCGUGAGAUACUGUUUCGCUCAUGGAUAGCACAAACCAACAGGCCCAAUUUUUGCUCCAUCUGUUUAGGACAAGAUGUAAUGUCAAGGAUCUAUGUAGGAUCUAUAUCAAUGUUUAUAAUGAUGGUGAAUUCGAAAGAAUUCCUGCCUAUAUUGGUGAAAGCCUUUUGUCUGCACUUAGAAGGUUUCGCGUAACAAAUAUACCAGGUAAAUUGCAUAUUAAUAUAAAAGGUGACUGUGAAGGUGGAGAAAAAUUGGAUAGCAUCUUGGAGGAUCCAGUGUAGACAAACACUUUUGGUCCUUCAUGUGGAUCCUGCCAUAUUCUGAUUUCAUCACCUUGGAUUGAAAAGAUCAGAGACCCAUUUUAUUUGGAAGAAUUUGUGAUCAAUAGAUAAGAUUAUGCUGUUGCCAAGCAGUAAUUAAUUAUAUAGAUUUUGUAGUUCCAGAUUGGCAUGUGCUAUUAAAUUAGAGAAAUGGAUGGAUGAGAUGGAAGUAUCAAUUCCAAUAAAUGAAAAUUCAGAAAAUAUGUGAUUUCUUUAAAAAAGAUAAAUAAAAUAUAUAUUAUAUAAAAC